UCGAGAUGUCAUUAUACAUACACAACCCGUAUUAUUUUAGCUUAAUGUUAAGUGAAAGUGAGAAUUGACACCAAGUCCUUAUAUAUAGAAGUUAUUGAUUUGUUAUCGAAACGUUGCACAAGCCAAUUUUGUGGUUCCAAAAACCAAAACUCGUUGCCGAUUUUUCAAAAAAUAACAUUUCAAGGCGGGCAGUUAUCGGACUAGAAUUUAAAUGUCACAGUUUUAGCAAAUAUGUUGAACAAGAAACAAGUAAUUUUCUGCUGCAUGUGUCUGUUAAUUGUCCAUAGCGAACAACAAAAGAUUAACGUAGCGGUAUAUUUCGAGUCCUUAUGUCCUGACAGUCAAAAGUUUAUCAUUGAUCAAUUGUAUCCAAACUGGGAUGAUAUAAGAGACUAUAUUAACAUUAAAUUUAUACCAUUUGGGAAAAGUAUUAGUUUGGAUAAUGGAACUAAAUUCGCCUGUCAGCAUGGCUCUCAAGAAUGCAAAGGAAACCGAAUUAUGUCUUGUGCCUUAAGAGAAAUUCCUAAUCAAGACUUGCAAGUUGAAUAUUUACGUUGUUUUAUGGACGUUUAUAAAUUUGCUAAAAUAAACGAUAGUGAAAAUGGCCAAAAGUGUGCACAGCUGUUAGGCCUCGAUUACAAUCGACUAAUGUACAAUUGCUAUCAAACCAAAGAAGGUACCAACCUGCAAUUACAAGCCGAAAUUGAAACCAACGCAAUACAACCACAAUUUGUACCUACAAUUGUUUAUAAUGGAGUGUUUGACCAAAAGCUUCAAGACUCAAGCAUCUUAAAUUUCAGAGACACUGUGUGUAGUUUAAUUAGGCAAAUUUAUCCUGAGGGUUGCAGCUAUAGGACAGUGGUACAAAUUUGAAAUGUAAAUAAAGCAGUGGAUGUUUUUUUUUUCUUAAAUAUAUUUGCAAAAUCAAGAUACAUAAGCGUUCUAAAAUAAUUUUAAAAAAAAUAAAGCACAUUAUUGGCCCAUCAAAAAAUAAAUAAAAAUUAUUGUCCAGGUCUGGGAAUAUUUUUUGGUCUGAAACCUCUGCCUUUUCCUGCCCCCAAGUGAUCAGAGCCAACGCUGGCCAAACUUCUCGAACCACCUUUUAUUUUAGAAAAAAAAAAACAUGACUUGAUAAUAGGUCUGUUCGCACAGCGAAUUUCAUUGGUUAAAAACAAUGAAAUUCAAUCUGACUAGAUUGUGAUUUCUGUGCGAACAAACCUAAUAAUUAUAUCUUCAACUAACUGCCCUUAAUUUUUGACUUACCUGAAAUGAGCGAAGACAUAUCAGAGUCUUCUUCUCUUCUUCUAAAGCCUCUGCCCAUACCUGCAGACGAACUUGGACCUCCUUGUAAGGACAAGUGGG